GCUAACCCGAAAAUGUAACUAAACGGAUUCGAAGCUGACUUCUGAUGUGUUCCUCUCAGGGUCUUUGUAAAUUGGUAGGGUUUGAGCCUAGGGAAAGAAAGGAGGGUACGGAAAAGGGCGGAGUUUGGAGAAGAAACAACGAAGAGAAGUGGGCGUGGUCGUCGGGGAGAACCGCGCAGUGCGCCUGUGCAUCAUCGCGGCCCCCCCCCCCCCCGUUGGGCUGAGGUGUGGCUGUCGCUUGGGGGCCGUGACAAGGCGGGAUUUAAUGUGGUGCUACCAUGGAGGCUGCAACACAUCAAGUAGGCAUGGCAGGACCUAGGCCAGUAGUGCUGAGCGGGCCGUCAGGGGCAGGGAAGAGCACUCUGCUCAAGAAGCUGUUCCAGGAGCACAGCAGCAUCUUCGGCUUCAGCGUGUCUCAUACUACAAGGAACCCACGACCUGGUGAAGAAGAUGGCAAAGAUUACUACUUUGUGACCAGGGAGAUGAUGCAGCGUGAUAUUGCAGCAGGGGACUUCAUUGAGCAUGCUGAGUUCUCAGGGAACCUGUACGGGACAAGCAAGGAAGCUGUUCGGGCUGUGCAGGCCAUGAACCGCAUCUGCGUGCUAGAUGUCGACCUACAAGGUGUGCGCAGCAUCAAGAAGACUGAUCUGUGUCCCAUCUACAUCUUUGUGCAGCCUCCCUCGCUGGACGUGCUGGAGCAACGACUGCGACUGCGCAACACUGAGACUGAGGAGAGUCUGGCAAAGCGGCUGGCAGCUGCACGGACAGACAUGGAGAGCAGCAAGGAGCCUGGCUUGUUUGACCUGGUGAUCAUCAAUGACGACCUGGAUAAAGCCUAUGCAACCCUGAAGCAGGCGCUCUCUGAGGAAAUCAAGAAAGCACAGGGAACUGGCCACGCCUGAAGGCCUGCUUCAUUCCACAGAGUGAUGUCUGUGGUCUAAAUUUGCCUGGAGGUGGGGGAAACUUUGCCAGGGCACCAAGGACUUGUAGUAGACUUCCACUGUGGAGUAGAAGGAGCUACCCUUUGUCUGACCACAAGGUGGCUCUGCACCGUGGGCUGACUCACUGGCUGAAUGACUCCAAAGAGUACCCAUAUCUAAUCUCCCUGGACUAUUUGUGUUCCUUUCCUUGUUCCUUCUGCUGGAGCGGGACUGACCUCUUAAUAAAGUAAUUACUGAA